AUGGCAGCGACACGAACUUCCUCGCGCCAAGCCGCCCAGAAGGCGAAAGAGGCUAUUGCGGCUGCGCCGGAUACGAAGAGUCGCGGCGGAGCGGGGGCUAAACGCAAGGAGGCGGAGGAGAAGGGACCGGUGAAGAAGAAGGGAAAGAAGGACGAGAAGGCGGAGCUGGAGAAGGAGCCUAAGGAGGAGGAAGCUGCGGGGAAGGAGCCCGAGCCUGAAUCUAAGGAGGAGGAAAAGAGGGAUGAGACUACGGAGGAAGCGGAGGGACAGGCUUCGGACAAGGAGAAGGAGUCGGAGGCUGACGGAGAGGAAGAGAAGGUGAAGGGCGAGAAGGAGACGGAGGAGCCAGAGGGCGAGGGGGAGCCAGCCCAGGAGACAUCUGAGGCGGAAGCCGCUGACAACGAGGGAAAACCCGAAGCUGAAGCCAAAACGGAGGAAGAGAAGCCGGAUCAAGCCAAACCCGCCCCGUCUGACCAGGAGAAACCCAGCCAGAAGGAUGACAGCCCACCCAAGGUGCUCGAAAAAGGCAUCAUCUACUUCUUCUUCCGACCCCGAGUCAACGUCACCGACGCACAAAGCAUGGACGAAGUCGCGCGGAGCUUCAUCGUGCUCCGCCCGAUGCCCGGAACCGCCGCGCUGGACCAAAAGGAGGGACCGCUGGAAGCGGGCGCAACCUGUCGGUUACUGAUGGUUCCCAAGAAGCAGUUUCCCAAGGCCACGGGACAGCGCGAGAUGGGGUUCGUGGAAAAAGCAGGCAAUACAGUGAAGGAGGUCGAGGAGAGUCUCCUGUCGAGUGAGACGCAUGAGACCAAGACCCAAGGCGAACAAGUGACGCCGGAAGCCAAACCGUACGCUGAAGGCGUGUAUGCCAUUACACGCACCCAAAACGACUCCCGAUUGGCGUACAUCGUGACGAUCCCGGCGGAGAUGGGACCCGUUCAAGAGGAGUUCGGUCUGGAGGCACAGGGUGGGUGGAUUGUGCAGUCGAAGAAUCCUAGAUUUCCUGGGCCGGCGAAUGCGCCAAAGCAGAACCCGGAGUAUCCCCAAAGUGUGGAGGACAAGUUCCAGGAUCACCGGUGGAUCCCUCUGGAACCCGAAUUGAUCGACUAUGCACACGCACAGUUUGUGCUGAUCGGCCAUACACAUCGCGAACCCGGUCAGGACCUGAAACAGAUGGAAGAGGAAAACGAGACUCGAGAGACGCCACCAUCUAUCAAGACCUGGGCGUUCACGCGAAAGAAUACCCAGCAGCAAUGUAGAAUCCUCUCUUCUUCGGAAAUCAAUCUCACUAUGAAGUGGCUCACCGGGUUCGUUGCUUUUGCCGGUCUGACAGGCGCCCUCUCGUCUCAUCCGCGCGCCGCCGUCAACCAGACCACUUGCGCCGGCACCACCUAUCGCUACACGGGGCUGGAGGGAUACGGUCGCUUACCAUCGAAUGCCCGUGACAAAUACGGCGACACCAUCGGAGGCAUUGGCAGCUCCAUCGCGUUCGAUCCGGUCUCGUGGCAGCGUACUGCGCCCAACUCCUACGAGGGCACCGUCUACUGCCUCCCAGACCGAGGGUGGAACACAAACGGCACAAUCAACUUCCAAUCCCGCAUCCAGAAAUUCCACCUCACCCUCCACCUAACUCCCAACGCCACAGCCCAGCACCCAUCCAAACCCAACAUCCGCCUCCAAUACAAAGACACAAUCCUCCUAACAGACCCCAACAACAAGCCCCUAACCAGCCUCGACCCGGACAUCACCAACUCCGCCCACUACGACGGCUUCCCACCCCUCCCAGCAUCAACCUACCCAGGCGACGGCUUCGGCGGCCCCGGCGCAGGCGGGAAGCGCGUCUCCGUAGACCCAGAAGGCCUCGCCCUCCACCACCAGCAAGACGGCAGCCUCUCCUUCUGGGUCUCCGACGAAUACGGACCCUACGUCUACCGGUUCAGCGAGCAGGGCCGCAUGGAGCACGCCAUCCAGCCGCCCGCGGCAUACCUCCCGCGCCGAAACGGCACCCUCAGCUUCAACGCCGCCAGUCCCCCGCUCCAUGACCCGGAGAACAUGCCUAUGCCUGAGGACCCCGCCUCCGGCCGCAGCAAUAACCAGGGUUUUGAGGCACUGACGCUCUCGCCGGACGGCCGCACCCUCUACACUAUGGUUCAGUCUGCUCUGGCGCAGGAGGGCGGGCCAGACGAUGAGACGAACCAGCCUGUUCGGCUGCUCGAGUACGAUAUCUCUUCUUCUGCGCAGCAGCCGCAGCUGAAACACGAAUACGCUGUUCUCUUACCCCGGUAUACCAACGCCAAAGGAGACAGCCUCGUGGCCGCCCAGUCUGAGAUCCACCAUCUCCCCCAUCCCGGCCCCAGCAGCAGCAGCAAAAGCUUUCUCAUCCUAUCCCGCGACUCCGACGCCGGCCACGGCCAGUCCGAUUCGCGAUCCAUCUACCGACACGCAGACAUCUUCUCCAUCACAGACGAGACGACCAAUCUGCGGGGGAAAUACGACGGCGCGACGGCGGCGAUCGCUUCGUCGGAGGGUGUGCUGCACGACGACAUCACGCCUGCUCAGUACUGCCCGUUUAUCGAUUAUAAUCUCGAUGCCGAGCUGGCUAGGUUCGGGCUGCAUAAUGGGGGUCCGCAGGAUGAGUAUCUGCUGAAUGAGAAGUGGGAGAGUUUGGCGCUGCUGCCGGUGGAUCCGGAUCAGGGGAGUGGUGGUGGUGGUCGCAGGGAGUAUUUGCUGUUUAGUUUUAGUGAUAAUGAUUUUAUGACGCAGGAUGGCUACAUGAAUUUCGGCGACUUCAAGUACGCUGAUGAAUCGGGAUACAACAUUGACAGCCAGAUGUUGGUCUUCCGAGCGGUAUUCUAG